UUUAGCAAAUUGGAGUCCAAAAUCAAGGCAAACCGAACCCGAAACGUAACUCAGGACUUGGCGCACACUCAGUACCUAUGGGCAGUGGGAUUGUGGUGCAAUUGGCUCGAAAGUACGGCGCAGUGAUAUUCUUUCCCACUGUUGCAGUCGGCUCGAUAUACGCAGAUUGGUCGCACACCCGCGAGUGGAAACGCCAGCAGCUCCAGUUGGCACACAGCGCCCAGCUAAGGAAUCAGCGAUAG